UUUCUAGUACAACAAACAGAAAAUGACGUCAUGAUUUGUUUGGUAUUUGACACUGAAACGGCGACGCAGUUUUCAAAGUAAAAUGUUAGAUUUUUAAGAAAAAUUUUAGCAUAAACCACUAGAUUUGUAUGCUUAAUAAACAUGUCUGCCGGAUCACCGAGGCGGUCACGCUCAAAAAUAAGGACACCCCAUGGCACUAGUACGAUUUCGCCGCAGCAAGUGACAGAUCCGACAAUUUUAGACAGCGUGGCAGGUUUUAUUAAUGAAGUAGCGACAUACAACGCACCCUGUGAUACAAAGGAUCAAAUUCAAUGGGUCAAAUUUCAACAGUUGGAUCGGGAGAUAGUUUCGGAAAAUGCGGAGGGCGAUAAAGUUAUACCGUCUGCCUUAAUUUUAAUUUUGGGCUACUCUACGGGUGUUCAGGUAUGGGCGAUUCCUGCUAACGGCGAAGCCGUGGAACUGUUAUCAUGGAGACACGGAUCUGUGAAGGUGUUGCAAUUUCUUCCCACGCCGUUGAUUGGAAGAUGUACCGCGCAGGAAGACAUGUACACUUUAAAAAGGCCAUUAAUGGCUCUAUGUGAUACGACAACUCCGGGUCCUCAACAUUGUGCUUUAAAUUUUUUAUCACUUAAAACUGGAGAACAGGUGAAAGUUAUCAAAUUUAAAAAUCCCAUUUUGGACGUACUAGCCAAUCGCAAUUCAGUUGUGGUCACCUUCUCGGAAAGGAUUGCAGUAUUCGAUUCGCUGACAUUGGAAGAUCGGUUAACCGUAACUACGUGUUUCUUAAGUCCGGGACUUUAUCAGAAUCCUAUAGCUCUGGGCACUCGAUGGAUGGCGUACGCGGAGAGGAAACUAAUUUCGAAUAAGAGGAGCAGUGGAGGAAACGAAGGUGAAGGUGUGCAGAGUUAUACGGCGACGGUUUUGCACGCCGCAAAAUCUUUAGGUAAAGGACUGCGUGAGUUGGGAGAAACGGUUGCGAGUAGUUUGACAGGUAAUCCACAGUUUAAGGCUGGGUCGUCGCCUGGCAACACGUUAAUUAUUGGAAACAAUGGAACUGAUGUUUUGCAAAAGGGUGUAGUUACUGUAUUAGAUAUUGAGAAUCGAGCAACAGAUGAUAAAACUCUUCUGACUGAUGGGGUGAUAGCGCAUUUUGCUGCACAUACAGAAGCAAUAGUUUGUUUGGCAUUCGACCCUAGUGGGUUGUUACUGCUUACUGCCGAUAAAAGGGGUCACGAUUUUCAUCUGUUUCGUAUUCAUCCACAUCCCGGUGGUCCAGCCUUGGCGGCCGUUCAUCAUCUCUACAUUUUACACCGGGGUGAUACAACUGCAAGAGUUCAAGAUAUGUGUUUUUCGCCCGACUCACGUUGGGUGGGAGUGUCUACUCUAAGAGGUACAACACAUGUGUUUCCCAUAACUCCGUACGGAGGAAAUGUCGGUGUUCGCACACACGCUACACCGCAUGUGGUUAAUAGAAUGUCACGUUUCCAUAGGUCGGCGGGAUUACCUGUUGAAGGCAGAUCAAAUAGUCCCAUUUCAUUAUUCGAAGCUCCUGUGAAUACCAAUAUUCCGUUCAAUAAUCCAAGAUUACCUCCAUAUCCUCAUCCCACAGUCGUACAUCCCUUAGCUCAAAUUAGACAACCUCUGUUUAUACCACCUGGAGGAAAUUUACCUCAACGUUCACAUGCAGGUCGCCCAAGACUUAAUUCUUCAUCCGAAGACAAUAUUCAAAUCGCAAUUAGGCUUUGUUGUUGCUUUGCGCCUGCGCGGGCCUGGUUUGAUAAUACGGGAAAUUCACACGAUACAGUUACGACGAAAAAGCAAAUAAAACCAGUAGAGUCCCUUUUUAUUAUGUCUUGUCAUGGAACGCUUCUACAGUACGACUUGGAUCCUCACCACAUCACUUCUGUGCCGAAAGAAAAAGUGUGCGACGAAACGCCAAUCGAAUUAGCAGUACAAGCGAAAGCUCAAUGGGUUUUGCAAAGGCAACUUCAUUUAAAUGACGUACCACUUCCCAUAACUCCGGAAAAUUUAAACUUACUACCUCAAGAUUUACCAGCAUACAAAACGACCCCAUCAAAUCAUUCGGAUGAUCGAUGGUUAUCUCAGGUUGAAAUUGUUACUCAUGCCGGACCUCACCGGCGUUUAUGGAUGGGACCACAGUUUACCUUCAAAACUUAUACAGCAAACGGCUCGCCACUGUCUUUAAGCGAAGUUCAAGGAGUCGACGUAAAUCGCUCUAAACCUGUAAAUAUGCCCGUUAGCACUGCGUAUCCCAUUCUGAUCGAAUCAGGAUCGACUAGCAGUUGCGAGCAGUCGCCUAAACUUUUAGAUACAUAUCAGCGCUUAUCGGAGGAAGUAGGCGGGGCGGGAGAGCUGCAACUUAAAGAGGAUCUCGCGGACGCUAUGCUGGAGUCGCCGGGCGUUAGAGAGACAGGUGGACGUUGCGUGAUUGUGUCAAUGAAACCGCAUACCGCCAGUGUUGCCAAAGUAGUAAAUCCGUUAGGAACCGUGGUCACAAUUCACUCAGACGAUGAUCCUGUAGUUGAAGAUGUGGAAGACGCUGUGAUUCAUGAAAAUUGUGAUGAAGCUUUAUUUAGACGAGUGGUUGCACCAAAGUCUCAUUUGUUCAAUGAAACUAAAACGCUACACGCGAACAAAUCCAUAUCAAAUAAGUGUAUGUUAGAAAAUAAAGACAGUGAUAAACAAACCAAAAAAAUGAGCCUUAGUUGUUUAAAAGCAAAAGUUGAAACGGACUUAAAUAAAAUUCCGGUGAAAAAUAAUAGAUUAGAACAUAAAAAUGCUAGUCAAAACGAGGUUAAAGUAGAAAAAACCGUAGAUGUGAUAAUAACUCAGAAGAAGAAAUCCAAAUCUAAACUAAGAGACAGAAGUUGCGAGAAAGAGAAAGUUGUAGAGUCAAAUACAAAACACAAUUUAGAUCCUAUUCUACACAAUGGAGAUUCUCAAGGUAUGCCGGAUUUAAAAACGUUGAUCUCUACACCUGACCUUGUCGAUAGUGUUACUACAUUCAACUUUCCUAUUCCAAUCAAGCCAAAGCUGUACGAUGACAGCAAUGAACAUGAAAAGUUUACCUUCUCUCCAAUAUUUAAUAAAAGUGACUCGGUAAAGGAAGAAAAAUUUGAAGACGUCAAAUCAGAAAAUGCUGAAGUUUCGACGGAUGUCAUGGAUUUGCAAAAAGAAAACAAAAUUCCUAAGACAGGGAAACAAAAUCGAGAAAUAGAGGAGGUUACGUUGUCUUCAGAGGAAGAAAAAAGUUCUACGAAAAAAGUUAGGAAACCCAAGGCGAAGUUGGGCGUUAGACUAAGUAAGUCGAAAGAAUUGGAGAAGGAGGUUGAAGCCUUUGCAGAUAUUACAGUCCCGGCGAAGAAGAGUUGGAGCAGCAUUGUAUCGUCUAAACCGGCGGAAUUAGAAUUGCCACCCCCCAUUCUAGACCUACCUACCUCUGAGAAAAUUGAAGAAGUUGCACAAGAAGACUUGCCAAAAAAGUCAUAUUCCACUGCAGCAAAACAGCUACUUUUCGAGAUCGAUCCGAACGAGGAUAUGUGCAAUUCAGACGUACUACAACCUGAACGAGUGUAUAAAGACACAGAAGAUCCAAAACAAGAAAGCAAAUCCGAUGAGAACAGUUCGCAAAAUGAGGCAACAGAAAGCGACGAUUCCAUCAGUAAGGUAGUCGCGAUGGAUACAGAAGAAGAUAGCUGUCAACCGGUGAUCAUGAAGGAUACGUCGGCUUCUGAUAAAAGUAUUAAAAAAAAAUCAAAAAAGAAAAAACGAUAAGACUUAAUUCAGUAUUUAAGUUUAGGGCAUUCACGAGUUCGUUGUUAAUUUUUAUAAUUUAGAAAUAAAAAAAAAUGUGUUCAUAUUAUACUUUUAGGAACUGUGACGAUUUUAAGUUGCCCAAUCCCAAGCAGAAGGUCUGUAGUCUGUAGUUUUGGCUACAUACCCUGUGAUUGGAUUGGUGUCUGUUUUCUACUUCAACUUUAAUUGAUCAUUAUUGUUUAUAAUCGAAAUAGAUGUACAUUGUUAUCUCAAUUCCUUCGAUUUGAUAAGAAAGUGGCGUAGGUGAAACUAUUUUGUGAUUGUUGAUUAUCCCAGUGAUUAUGUUACAGCCACUUUUUGUCUUAUAAAAUUAUGUGUAGGAUCAUUGUUUUGCAUUAAUUACAAACCACUAAUAAUAAUUUUCAAUAACAUAUCAGCCAUAAAUUUGCUAUUAGUACAAAUUCACGUUGUAGACAAUUUCAGAAUUACUUAUUUUGCUGGUGUGCAUCUACUAUCUAAUAUACCUACUUAACUCAAACACAUUAACUUUAAUUUUCAUCACUAUCAUGCUUAUAUCGCAAAAAAAAUUUAUAAAAGUACCAAAACAAAAAUUAAUGGAGUGUUGCUUGUAAAUUUUGCAAACUAUUCAAGGAUUUUUUGAAAGAUUAUCUUAUGACUAACAUCUAGGCAAUUACGUUAUGUUUAUCAGUCUCCACUUUAUUUCAUUGGUGAGAAAAUUACAAUAUUAUACGUAAGUAGAGAAAUUCUAUUUUUUUAGUAAAUCGUAAGUAAUAAAACCCAAAAGCGACUCGAACUUUUUAUAAUUUUAAUUUAAUUUUAAGUAGUUUUAGUGUAGAAAAUGCCUGUAUAUCUUAUCAUUGUUUAAAAAAAAGAUUGUAACGUUAUAUAUUCAUACUAUUUAUAAGGAGUCAUUGUAAUUAUAUCAUCUUUCUAGUUUGGAACACAUUAGGCUAGCGUUAACCAAAAUUUUAACAUUUGUAGAAUAAUUAAAAAAACCAAAAACUGCAUUGUUUAUUAUUAAUAGCCUACAUAUAGAUACUCGAGUAGUGUCUUUUCCAUUUUAUCUGUCCCAUGUAGUGUUCUUUUUUCCAAUUACUUUUGGACGCCAGUCUGAGUACUUAGCAAACACACUUUCUUACUAAAAAUAAUGAAAUAAUAAAGUUUAGACUGACCAACAUUAAACUCAGGGUUCAGUGGAGCAUUACAAGGCGUGUCUUGUAGUCAAGGGUAUCUGAUAUAUGAAGGGAUUGAAUUCACUGAAACCUUCAGCUCUACCGUGUGAUGAGACUCGGGGCAUUCCCCGUUGAGCGUGUGUACACGUGAAGGACUCAAAAUAAUUCAAUUUAACGUCAAAAGUGCUUUCCUUUAUUGGAUGUUUACACAGUUUCCAUUUUCACACGAAUGCCACAUCGAGAUUGAGUGGACAUGGACCAAAAAAAGCUGAAGCACC